GUUUGAGUAUGUGUAUCAUAAUGAUUCUUGAGAGGGUGUUUGAGAAUUAUGCAAAACUGUUCUUAUUUUCUGCCCCACCACAUUCAAAAGUUUAUGGACAACAGUAGCUACUGUUCAUAGUUACGCGCCUCGUGGACCUCGUCCAGUGGGUUUACGACUUUCUCUAAAUCUUCCUGUCAAAAAUGGAAAAAGAGGUUCAGUAAUUUGUGGGUCAGAGGUGGGACAACAGCCAAAAAGCUCCCCACGGACUCGAAUUGGGCUUCUCCGCAAAAGAAAACCUGCAUGUUCCCCACAGAUGCCCGUUUCAUUAGGUGGUAUGUGAAAGGGCUUCGUGACCUAACUCGUUCUUCACGGUGACAGACGUUCUGUUUUGAGGGGGGCAAAAGCAUCAGAACCGCAGAUUGUUCGUUCUUUAAUGUUCUUAAUUUCUAUUCAUAGAAUGGUGAUCUGUUUAUAGCAGGUAGCUGUGGGAAAUCCCAUCUCCCCACGUUUUCGUAUAUUGCUUUGUCUAUUACAUAAUGCUCAGCGACGAGUACAUUGAUGACAGUCGCUAUAGUAUUAUGAUUAGGCAACAUUGAAGGUCUCUGGCAUUAGUUCCCAGCUGAGGCAAUAGUCUUGUGCCCUUGAACACGGUACUAAACCUGAAUUAGUUAAGUUAAAUGUCCAGCUGUAUAAAUGAAUUGUAUUUUAUGUAAAAACGUCAUGUGUGUUGUUGCUCUGGAUAAAUUUGAUAAAUGAUGGAAUGAGUCAGCCUCUAGUAGCAUGGCACCUCUGUCUAUUACAUGCUCCACUGGUUAUUAAAGACCUGUUUAAAAGGACAGGGACCAUUUCACCCGCAGUAAGGGAGAAUGACGUGAACGCUUCUACACAGCUGCACAUUCCUGGAUGUUGAUGUUUAGAAGAAAAGAAAAAAGACAUUGCUUAAAUUUUUCAGUAAUCUGGACAUUUGCAUUUGGCUGCAAAGUGAUUUGUCAGCAGAUGAACAGGUAGUAUGUUUUCCAUUGUCAGGAUCUUUGUCAGCUGUGCAAAGAACACAAUUCAAAGAGCACUGGAUAAAAUAAAAUAAAAAAAAGACAUCAAUAAAUAAAUAAAUGAGGCUGUGAUUAUGAAAUAGAUGCAAGAAGAUGUUGAAUACCUCUGAGUUAUAAUGCUAUGCCUGUCUCUUGGUAGCCUACUUGUGAAUGCAGUAAGCGUGACCUGUGGCAUUCAGUCCACACCAUUGUACACUUUACAAAAAUGGCAUGGCCCAUAAAAAGCCUGUUCACAUAUAGCAGUUUUGUUGCAAUGAUCUCUCCUAAGCUUUAUAUCAAAUCGCAGGAGAUAAUCAAAUAUUAGCUAAUUUUUCUACGAUUCUACGAUUAUGCUUAAGAUCACUUUAUUGGAAAGUAACACAAAGUAACUGGAACUUGGUGCUGUUAGGAGUAGCACUUUUGCCAGUGUUGGUGGGCACCAUAGAUGUAUCACUCCCUACCCAGUAUGCCCAUUUGGCCAUGCUGGGGAACAAGCCACUAACCUUAAGGUUGUUAGUUGAUCUCUCUACCUGUAAAUCACCUGCCCCCACCCUACCUCAAACUACAUUUAUGCUCCUGUAUUAGAUGAGAGUAGAUAUGGCAAGUGCAGGGGUGAGUUGGUCCUCCCCUUCUUUAGAUAGACACUUGCAGCAGCACUAUAAAUGUCUAAUUCUGUCUUUAUGAGCUUCCUCCACCUUAAAAAAAUAGCCUGAACCUUGGAUAAGCCCCAUGUGAGGUCACAGUGUGGAGACCACAGAGCUACUGCCGGAACCACACUUACAUCAUAGUGAGAUCAUCCUGGGGGAAGCAGUCAGGGCUCAGAGCUGACAGAGCUGCAAGGUUCAAAUAUUUGUGUGCAUCUUCAUACCAGGAUGUGUCACUGUUUCUAUCAUUUUAGAGGUCAUGCCCAUUGGAGCGGAGAAUUAUGUACUGCCAAAGUUUUGCCAAGACACAAACUUUUUUCCUCUGCACCCCCCUGGAACUCUUCAACCUACCCUACCUCACUUUGUUAUGGGGCUGUGCCCGGCUCAUAAAUUUUUUGGGGGGUAUAAAUUUUGGUGUUGAGGCAAGAGAGGGAUUUAGAGAGAGGAGAACAUGGAGCCCAUGGCAGGACACUGGCGUUUGGCUCUUCUUGUAAGCACCAUUAUCUGGAACAACUGCCUGGCGCUACCUACCCAGUGCCACUUCAACUCCCAAGCCCUUUGUGAGUACAGGGGGAAGCACUACACCCUUGGUGAAUCCUGGAUGGAGAGCGGGUGUCUCCACUGUACCUGUCUGUACCCCAUGGGCGUUGGCUGCUGUGAAAUGAUCCAACGGCCAGUGGAUUUCCCUGCUUGGUGUGAGGUUCGAGUGGAGACGGAGACCUGCAAGGUGACUUUAGUACAGACUGCAGACCCCCGGCUGCCUUGUGUCCCAGGACAGGAUGGUAACCUGGAUCCAAGCCAUGGGACACUCAACAUGAGGCUGGGAGGGUAACACUCCCAACACCCCCCCAAGACGCACGCACACAGCACACACACACACACACACAUGCCUGGUUCUCUCUUCACAUGGAAUGUUUAAAGGAAAUGUCACAAUUGUUAUUUAAAAGGCAUGGAGCUACAUAUGUCUUAAAUAGCAUAGAUACGAUUUCCUCCUAAAAUACUGUAGACAGGGCUACACUGUAUCAAUAGUUAUCAGCCAGGGUCGUUAACUCUCACGCUCUCACGCCACCCUAACAAAUCUCACGCCAAAUGAAACAAAAAUUUGCAAUAGUACAUUAAUCUCACACCAGCCAGCUCACCGAACUUAGCGACUCUUUAUCAGCCAAGCAGAUAUUUAUGGGGAAAGGUAAUGGUGUGAACUACCAGGUUUUAGUGCCCUGUUGCUAUCUCUAAGUUUCUUAAAGUCUUAAAGUUUCCCUAAGUCUUAAACCUAUAAUCAAAAACCAGAUGAACCUGCUCGGCAAAUCAAAAAGAAGAUGGUUCAUUAGCUCUACACCCAUCCUUCAUUGGUAUUCUAGCUACAGGAGCAAUAAAAAAUCAUUUAAAAUGCAUCAUGGAUUAUGUCAGUCAUUUGCUGAGGUUGUCAUGACUCAUAACUAGCCAUCUAACAUGGAUAAUAGUAUGUUAUAUAUACCUGUUAAAUAAGGGUAUGGUUGGAUUAAAGACUCUAUACAUGCUAACUUUGCUGGAAUUCUGCAGCUUCUCAGUGAAUUAUGUUUUCAACUGCUACCCAUCAUAAUAAGCAUGAUCUUCGCCCUGGAUUGUAACCACCAUUUAUCAUGGAAUGCACUACUGUAAAUAUCCUCUAGUUACAUAUAAGAAUUUGUAUUGACUUUGUAAGACAUGCAAUGCUUUCCUCUGAAAACUAAAUUUCAUUACCCUUUAAACUAGUUAUGCAUUAAUGUUUUUUAGGCAUUUGUAUGAUUAAAAAUGUUUUAAAAAUACACAACAUAAUAGAUGUAGAUGCACAAUGUUUAUAUUUCUG